CCUAGUAGUGCGCUAGCUGUUUGGUAGCAUUCAUAACCGCUUGCUCCGUGUUAUUUAGUGCGCUAUAUAGCGUAUGAAAGAAUUGCUUUUUAAACCAUUCUCAGUGUUCUACAAGUCCAAAACAGCAGCUCUGAGAGGCACAGCUAGCUCAGUGCUGAGAGCCUUCACACUGAUAGCAGGCCAUUCAGGUCUGUUUUCCAUGAAGCUCAUGUGGUUGCAUGGCAACAGAUUUCUUUGGCUUUAGAUGACAGCAACUGAGCAAACGUAAAAAUGCCUGCUGCUUCCAGAAGGUUCAGAAGCCUAGCUUUAGAGCUAGGUUCCCCCUGAACUACUUCAUAUAUCUGAAGAGUAUGGGUCCCAAGCCUGGUAGAAGCAAAUCGAAAGACCAUGCCAGACCCCUAAGAAGACUUUCCAUAGCAAAGAAAGAUGAGCAGAAGGGCAGUGCAAAACAGCCUAAAGGGCCUUCUAUUACUUCAUUUUUCAGGAACACACCACCUUCAAAACUGGCCUGCUCGCUGUGUGGCAAGUUCAUACCUCGCUUCAAAAUCAAUGAACACAUCGACUCUCAGUGUCGAGACUUUCUUGAGGAAAAUGACGUACAGGCAGCAGCAGUCCAUGGCAGUGAACAAGCGAAAACAUAUUGGCCCUUUUCAAAUAAUACCCCACAGAGUCCAGAUGAGAAAAAUGCAAGCAUGCAUGAAAAUAAUCAGGAUGCAGAAACAAGCCCAUAUUUUAAAAAGAGUGGCAUGACAAGACAAGAGUCACCUAAGAAAAGUUUCCAUGCCAGAGAGGGCAAGAUAGUCAGUCUUGGUCGUUUGUCUUCAAAACUCUCCAAAAAAGUGUUGGUCUUUUCAGAGAACUCCAAAGUUCACAGCACCCAAGUGUCUAUCAAAGAAGAGCCAAUCUUAAGUGAGCCAAGUAGCUCACAAAAAGAAAACUUUGAUGAGAAUGUAAGUGUUAAAUCUGAGCACCUAGUGAUGAAUUCAGCAUUAACUUCUCAGGUACCAACUGAAAAUCUACCUGAUGUUGAAGAAAUUGAACAGGCCACACCAAAAGUAAAAUCAUUGGGUCCUGAUGCCUCUCAAACAGCAGAAACAACUGCUUCAUUGAGAUUAAUGAAAAGGAAGAAAGAAGAGUCUCCUGGUGCAUGUGUAGCCCCAGACAUGCAGAAGAAAACACGAUAUUUAGGGAAGAGAACUGCCAAAUCUGGCAGCGCUGAUCCAUUACCAGAGAUUGAAGUCAGCAAAUCCAAAUGCAAGGAUGUAGAAAGGAACCAGAUUAUGGCACCGGAUAGAGGUAGUGAUCUUCCACAGGAUGCUAGUGCCUCCUUUGUGGAACAAAGUUCACCCAGACGGCCAUACUAUCUUCAGAACUUCCUGACUGUUCUGGGAACAGUGCUGGAGAAUAAGGAUGACAGAAUGCUCUUCAGCGAGGAGGAACUCUCAUCUAUCCAGAGGUUCAAACAGCUGUCAGUGCCUGGACAGAUGCUAUAUGUGCGUCUGUUUCAGAGGAAGUUGAAAUGGCUGCAAGUGAGCAAACUAGAUUAUGCUGAGAUUAGUUCAGACCUCAAUCCUGUUGUGCAAGAACUUGUCACCAGUGGCUUCCUCCAGACAGAGUCUGAACUCACCGAGAUCCAAGAUGUAUUGGAUCUUCUACCUGCUCCGGAGCUCCGAAGUCUGGCCAAGACUUUCCACCUAGGAGGUCCAGGGAAUAGUAGCCAGAAACAGCAGCUGGUGGAAGGGCUUCUCCAUUUGUCCAAACAGCGCUCUCUCUUUUCUCUUGCCCCCGGCCAAAGCAACACUGGUGCAGUCAUUCUCAAAAGGGCGAAACAGCUACUUGGCUCCUGUGUUUUUCUGUGUCGGGAGCCUCGCGCUAUGUUCUCCCGCGUCCUUCUACUUUUCUCCCUUACUGACACUCUGGAGGAGGAAGAGAUGGCAUCAGGGGGUCAAGGCCAACUCUACACUAUUCUGCUGGUCAACUCUGGACGUCUGGCUUUCCCUGCUUACACAGUUCAGCGGUCUGCCCAAAUGUUUAGGGACAGGGAAGACUUAAUCAGAUACGAAGCUGCCAUGCGAACCCUUCAAGAGGUGAUUACAGCUAUGCAGGCUGGUUGCUGGGAGGAUGCUCUAGUCCUCUACACUUCUGCAAAGUCUAACUGGCAAAACUUGAAGCAAAAUUAUGACUUAAGUUGGCAGGAGCAGUUACCAGUGUUCCUGCGGUGCUUCACAGUAGGGUGGGCAUAUACACGUAUAUUGUCUCGAGGAGUCGAGAUACUACAGAGGCUGCGUCGUUAUAAGGAUGCAGUGGAUGAGCUGCGGUCUCUUCUGUCUCAGUCAGUGUUCUGUCCAGACAGCAGAGGGCGCUGGUGGGACAGACUGGCACUCAAUCUCCAGCAGCACCUCAAAUGCCAUGAGCAGGCUAUCUACGCCAUCAGGGAUGGAUUGAACGAUCCACUGGUCCGUACAGGUCACCGUUUGUCUCUGCACCAGAGAGCCACCAGAAUGAAGGACUCAGCGAGUUUUAAGAAGUACCGCCUGCUGCUCCGAGACCUUCCUUCUAUCCAUGUGCACAGUGUUAAUCAUGUUACAAUUCGAGGCCAGCUUUUUCCGCAUGAGGGUGGUAUGGGCAAAUCCGUGUUCCUCAGGCCUGCUGCUGGGCAUGAAGACUCUGGAGAAGGAGGUGAUGCCAUGGUCAUAUGCUCUGUGGAGGAGCUGGCUUUGGCACACUACAGAGAACUUGGCUUCGAUCAAGGCAUUCAUGGUGAAGGUUCUACAUUCUCCACUUUGUUUGGCCUUCUGAUGUGGGACAUUGUCUUCAUGAAUGUCUUGGAUGUCUUCAGAACAUCCUAUCAGACAUGUCCUCUGGACUUGUACACUGACUGUUUCUAUGAGAAUCGGAAGGAGGCUAUCGAGGCUCGGGCUGAGCUGUUGUCCGAGGCGUCCACAGAAACAUUGCAGGACCUGCUGGCUGAAGUGUGGAAUUCACAGGAGGGAAGAGUUUGUGCACUUGUUAACUGGGAGAGAUUCUCUUGUCUUCAGCAAGCCCAGAGCUUAGUAGCAUGUCUGGGAGGACAGUUUUUAAGUGGAGUGGUCCUUAGAAUGGCAAAGGACUACAGACACAGCAAAGGAGGACUUCCUGACCUGGUUGUAUGGAACACCUCAAAUUACAGCUAUAAGCUGGUGGAGGUGAAGGGCCCUAAUGACCGUCUGUCCCAGAAACAACAGAUCUGGCUGGAUGAGCUGCAGAAGCUGGGCGCUGAUGUUGAAGUGUGUCACGUCACUGCUAUUGGAGCUCGAGGAGCCCGGCUGGAUUAGAGACUAAAAUUGCCUUCACACAUACUGCUGCACCAAUAGACAAAACAUUUCACUCAUGCAGGCAAAUUCUCUCUAAAGAUUGUUGAGAUGGUCCUUGUGUGAGUAUGUGCUGUUUUAAUGCAACAGCACUCUGCUAAAACUAUGACACUACCACACGUAUUAAGUAUAAUAGACAGUAUGAAGAGAUGAGUGUCUGAAUUCCUGUGGCUGCUAGUUUAACUGUUUCUUUCAUUGUCUUUUUUUUGUAAUAAUUAUGUUUUAUGUUGUAUUUAAAACCUGAAAUUCUGGGAGAAAAUAAUGUAAUAAAAAUGUAAUAAAAACUAACUACAUUUGGAGGGGUAUCCUGAC